UGUAUCCUUGUGGUGUUCGACGCAGCCGAUGGAUGAAUGUCAUCCUGAUCAACUCAGAAGUUAAUUAGCUACUAAGUAUCAUCAGUUAAGGGAGAUGGUUGUUGUAGUCAUCAAGGCACUCUUCUUUAUCCAAAUAUGUCUUAUUUUUGCUCAUCUCGCCGCUGCUUCUCCAGAAGACCCAGAUUGUGGGCUGAACUUCACUACAUCUCCAUACAAACCAAGCGGGGAAUGCGUUGCAGGUGAUCAAGAAAUCAUCCAUGAAUGGGACAGUUUCCCCUCCACAAGAUGCUGCCAAAAUGCUCUCAACUUCUUCUCACAGGCAUUGGCCAAACAAGCAAUUCAACAAGGGAACCUCUUCCUCCAUGGAGAUCAAUGGGGACGUUGCGCCUCUGGACCGUUUAAGCACCAGCCCUCAGUUUCCAUCAAUAAAUGUGGAUUUGAUUCCUUCUAUCAACAAAGCAGCCAAUGUUCUACCCUUUCUUUGACAAGUAUUGUGCAGGAACAGAAUUUUAAGGAUGUCAAGGAUAACUGUUCAAGUUUCAGUUCCUCCAACUUCGACGAUGCUUGCAGGGAUUGCACGAGUGCCAUCAAAUCUGCAAGGGAUCAUUUCCUCAAUCAGUUGAAUGCCAAAUAUAAUGAAACUGAGAGAGCUAUUUGUCUUGUGGCUGUGGUCAUUUCAGUGGCUACAACAAAAUUAAACGAUCCUUCUUUAAUCGAUGAUUUCUUUAGUUGUUUGCCAGCAUUAAAUACUUUAGGUGAGGAAAGUAAUGACAUUAAUUACAUUAAAAUCAAGUAUUCUUUAGCGAAAGCAUUGAUUGCAAUCAUUUUAGCAACAUUUGGGAUGAUGAUGGUGAUCUUUCUAGUUAAGUAUGUAACAAGAAACUCUAGGGCUGGACGAAAGCUUCUUCUUUCGAAGCCAAAGAUGUUUGCUUCUUGUCCAGGGCUAUAUACUUUCUCAAAAGCUGAGAUUGAGAACGCGAUAAAUUAUGGGGAUAAGAAGAAAUUCCUGGGACGCGGUAGUGCAGGGCAAGUUUUCAAAGGGGUUCUUCCCAGUGGACAAAUAGUUGCUAUAAAGCAAAUAUAUAGAAGUAAUACGUCCGAUUCUUUCAACAGAGAACUCGAGAAUCUUUCCAGAGUCAGACAUCCUAAUCUUGUUUGCCUCUUUGGGUGUUGCAUUGAGGACGGUGAACAAUAUUUAGUCUACGAGUAUUGUUCUGCUGGAAAUCUAGCUCAACAUCUUCUGAGGAAAGACAGGGUCCUAAGUUGGGAACAAAGGGUAAACAUCUUAAGAGAUUGUGCACUUGCGUUGAGGUAUCUCCACAGCUACAUAGAUGGAUGCAUUGUUCAUAGAGAUAUUAAGCUUACAAAUAUCCUUUUAACAGAGGAAUUGGGAGCAAAGCUAUCAGAUUUUGGGCUGGCAAAGAUGUUGGGAAUGGAAGAGAGCAAAGUGUUUACAGAUGUAAGAGGGACAAUAGGUUAUAUGGAUCCAGAAUAUAUGAGUAACGCAAAGUUGACGUGUGCAAGUGACAUUUAUAGCUUUGGCAUAGUAGCUUUACAAGUUCUUUCUGGCCAGAAAGUGAUUGAACUUGAUUUGGAUGCCAGAGACCAACUAACAAGAAAAGCAAAGGAUGUGAGCAUGGGUAAACGGGGACUAAAAGACUUCGAGGACCCAUGGCUAAAAGGUGAAGUAAACAGUGUGGAUUUCGAAUCCAUACUUAAAAUUGCAGUGCUCUGUGUCGCCAAAUCAAGCAAAGGUCGUCCAACUAUCGAUGUUGUCUUCGAGGAGAUGGACAAAGUCUUGAAAAACACAUUGUCCAACAAGAAAGCGACGGAGCAAAGUGCAUUAGCUGCGUUACGGAGAUCCCAUUCAGUUGGUCAUGUCAUCCCUGUCUGAAACAUGACAUCGAAGUAUCUUUGUCUCUGAAUGCUUAGUUAUUAUUCUGUUGGGAGAAACUCUUGUUCUCUUCCAUCUUAUUUUUUUAAAACAAUUUUUUAGAUCGAUGGAUGUGCAGCUAGCAAAGCUGCUUCCUGUUUGUGAAACCGCUUUUUUGGUUCUUGAGAACAUUUGUGAUUUGUUGUAUUGUGGUGGUGUAAAUUUAUGAUAAGAAUGAUCCAUUGUUGUUGUCUGUUGUAUAGAAGAACACUCUUGAUUCUUGACUAUCUAGGACUCGUCUCCUUAUUCGAUUAGAAUUUUGUUUCCUAUGUAUUUACUCUGUGUCUAUUAGUCUAGGAAUCCGAUUUAUAUAAAUUUAUCCAUUGUUGUGUAAAGUAAAAUAAG